UUCUUCGGCAGCACACUGGACACUGUUGUGAGGGCGGAACACACUCCCCGGGUGAACGGCGACUCUGACAGCAGCGAAACAGUUAAUGGUAGUUAGCGACAGUUGCUCUGACAAAACCCUUGGAGGAGUAACAAGUGUUGUACUGUUCGCGAAGUUUACUUAAACCGUAGCGACAUUUUUUUUUUAAUUUAAACUUCAACACGCAAACUUUCUUUUAGUGACAUCGGCUCAUUCUGACAUUAAGUAUAUCUCAAGUUGUCGUUUUUUAAAUUAUUAUUUAGGCCCCGAUUCGAAAGAAUGAAGAUCAUUUUAAGAAGAAUGUGUUAAAACGAAAGCCGAGUGGAUCAUCAGGAUGACAGAACCAAUGGAGCAGCGGACCCAUCAGCACCUGAAGACUUCGGGCAGCCCGUCAGGUGGGAGCAGCGGGGACGCGCCGGAGCAUCUCCCGGUGGUCGGCGACCGCGGCGUGCCGGUGAACGGCGACAGGGGGCGGCAGAGAGAGCAGAGGCGGCGGCAGCAGCGGGCGGAGGGCUGCGGAGCAGAUAUCAACACAGACAAGUUGUGGCAAACGAGACGCGGUCAGAGGGGCGUGUGCCCCGCCUUCGUCGCCGGAAACGAGCCAUCCGAGUGCCCGAUCGGAGCUCGGCAGCACCCGAGAGCCGACGCGCGUGCGGCGGACGGCGAGCUCCACGCGCGGGCGGCGAACGGCGAGGACACGCCGCUGCAGGACACUUUGAACCAGGUGCGAGAAGAAGGGGGCUUGCUCAUCGACUCCGACACCGGCGUGGACUCGCGUCUGGGCAAGAAGAGGCACCGGCGCAGGACCACCAGGAAGCGGCGCAACUGGAAGCCCUACUACAAACUUUCGUGGGAUGAGCGGAAAGCGCUGGAGGAGAAGGAGACGGCCAGGGCGUCGCGGCUGAGGGAGGAGAUGUUCGCCAAGGGGCUCCCGGUGGCGCCGUACAACACCACGCAGUUCCUGAUGGACGAGCACGACCGCGAGGAGCCCGACCUCAACACCGAGAGCGGGGCCAAGCGGACCUCGGGCCUCGGCGUGCGCAUGGAGGACACGGGCAGCGAGGAGGACCUGUGCGACAGCAACCACCACCACGACGAAGAGGACGACGGCGACGGCAGCGGCGGCGGCGGCGGCAGCGACGGCAUCGGCAGGCCCGGCAACGCCGGCGGGGAGUUCCUCCAGAGGGACUUCUCCGAGACCUACGAGAUGUACCACGUCGAGAGCCUGCAGAACAUGACCAAGCAGGAGCUGGUGCAGGAGUACCUGGAGCUGGAGAAGUGCAUGUCCCGGCUGGAGGAGGAGAACACCCGGCUGCGGCGCGCCGCGGAGCCCCCCGGGGGCCUGACCGCGGAGAGCUCCCUGGUCCGGCUGCGCGAGCUGGAGCGGGAGCUGGAGAGACUGAGGGCGCAGAACACGGAGCUCCUGCUGCGGGCCCAGGUGGCUACCAACUAGGGGGACGCCAGCCAAGUGGGGACGAGAGGUAAAAACACAUGGGACUAUAUUGCAUUUAAGAAAAAAAAAGAAGGAAAAAAAAAAAAAGUGUCCUCAGUUUUCUGUAAAUCAUUUUUUUUUCUUGUCAUCUGGACUUUUAAGUCCUUGCAUUUGCAAUGCAAUACUUGACUUUUCUUUUUCUAUUCGGACUGUGAGGGUGUCCUGUUGUUGUUGUUGUUAUUGUUGUUGUUAUUAUUUGUUUUUCAAGAAGAAAUUUAAAUGCGUCGAAAAACAAGAGAUUCUUUUUAUAAAGAGAAUGUAUUUGACAUCACGAGGAUAUUUUGUUGGUUUAGACUUCGUAGGUAACCAUUUACAUCUACCGUUUCAUUUUUCAAUUAAAAAAACAAAACAAAACACUGUAUGUUGCGCCCCCCCCCCCCCCCCCCCCCCCCCACAGAAAAAUCUGAAUAACAAAUUACAGCUAAUUGAUUUUCAAAGACUGUUUUUACGGCAGUAAAUUCCAGAGUGGAACCAUUUUUAACAGUUGUGUUAAUAACAUUAAGUUCAAAUAAAAUUUUGAAAUUCUG